AUGAGUGUCUAUCAUUUAUAUAAUAAUAUAAUACCUAGCAAAUCCAUACGAACAGCAUUGUGUUCAAAUAUUAAAGGGAAUCAAAAAAAAUAUUUAAUAUAUGGUUGUAAUAAUUAUAUAAAUAUAUGUAGUGUAGAUAAAAAUGGAUGUACAGAUGAUUAUUCUAAUCAUUCUGUUUUUUGUGAAAUUUUAGAAUUACGAGAAUAUAUUCCAGAAAAAUUAAUUGAUAAAGAAAGGGAAGAAAAUGAAAAAAAAAUAGAAAAACAAACAAAAAAAAUAAAAAAAAAAGAAAAAGAUAAAUUACGAGAUAAAGUAAAAUCAUACUUAUUUGUAUUAACAAAAAAAUAUAAUUUAUUAUUAUUAGAAUAUAAUUUAAAAACUAAAAAUUUUAUUACAUUAAAUAGUAUAAAUUUAUCAGAAGUAAAUGGAAUGAAUAUUGAAGAAGAUAUAACAUUUUUAAUAGAUGAAAGACAUCGAACUAUAUUAUUUUAUGGAUAUAAAAAUAUUUUAAAAUAUAUAUGUUUAGAAUAUGAUGAUUAUUUAAAUUUGUCAAAUCUAUAUACAUUGAGAUUAGAUGAGCGACUAAUUAUUGAUAUGGCUUUUUUAAAAAACGACUAUAAUAGAGUAUACAAUAAUAAUAAUACAAAUUUUAGUCUUAAAAAUAAUAAAUCUGAAUCUAAAAGAAGUGUAGAUAAUAAUUCUUUUAAUAUUUAUGGUGAAGAAUAUGAAAAAAAAAAUUUGUAUGCCCAAAAUAGAACCGAUAAUAGUUUUAAUAAAAAAUCGAACCCGAAUUUAGAAGAUGUUUUAAAAUCGGAGCUUAAUACAAAUUAUCAUCAAAAUAAAAAUCCAAAAUAUAGUAAUAACAAUAUUAAUGAUAGCAGUUCUAGAUGUAAAUCAGCUGAAUCGAAACAAUGGGCUUUUGCUAAAAAGGAAGAAAGAGAAAAUGGUAGAGGAAAUGAUUAUAAUAAUGUUAUAAAAAAUAAAUUGACUGAUUCGGAUGGUGAAAAUAUUUACUUUAAUAAAAUUAUGAACAAUGAAAAAAAUGAAAUCGAUAAACAUUCAUCAGAAUCUAAAUGGAGAGACAAGAGAAAUAAUGUAGAUGCAACAAUUUGUAUAUUAUAUGAUUCUAAAAAUAAAGACUCAUAUAUAUACGAAAGAUAUAUAAGAUUAAUUCCAAUUAGCAACCGAAACGAAAAUCGAAUAAAUUACGAGACACCUUGUAAAUAUCGAACUGGUGCAACCAACCACAAUAGCAACAAUCAUAACAGCCACAGUAACAAUAUGGCGUCUACCCAUUUUGUAGAUAACGAUAAUAUGAACAAUACAAGUAGUAAUGAUAUUUAUCAAAAAAAUAGUGAAAACGAAAAUUUAAUUUUACCUAACUAUUAUAAAGCUCUUAUGGUAGAUUCAAGUAUUAAUAAAAUUGUUUGUUUGAAAAAAAAUAGAAUACUUUUAAUAGGGUUUCAAUUUAUAAAUCUUAUAAAUUUUGAAAGUAGUCAGGAUAGAAAUUUUUUUUUAAGUUCAGAAUUAAGAACAAUUAGAUGUGUUGAAAAAUUAGGAAAAAAUAAAUUUAUACUUGCAGAUGAUUAUGGUGAUAUUUUUAUUUUAUCUUGUUUAUCUAAGUUAGAUAAUACAUCACAUAUGCUUAAAAAUUUCCAAAAUAAUAAUAACAACUAUAGCAAUGACAUAAUGAAUUGCAAAAAUCUCAUUGAUAAUAAUAUUUUAAAAGAAAAAAACAAUUUUAAUUUCAAACGUGGUAAAGAAAAACGUAAUAGUAUUGAUGUGUGUACGAAUUUAGGAAAUUGGGGAUAUUCAGAUGUAGAAUCUAUUCAUCUUCAAUUUAUUGGAACCUGUUCUAGGUCAAAUAUUAUAGUUUCUAUUUAUUCAGACAUAAUAUUUUUAGGAUCCCAAGUAAGUGACAGUUAUUUAUUACGAAUGCACAACUAUCCUGUAAAUAGUAAUAUGGGUUCUAGUUUUGUUGGAAAUGCAUCUAAUAAUUUUGCAUUAAAUACUAUUGAUACAAUUUUUCAAACAAAUGAAAAAUAUUAUGGUAAUUUAUAUAUAGAUAAUUUAAAUAAUGAUAAUAUAAAUACGAUUCAAAAUGAAUUUAAAAAUAAAACAGAUGUAAAUAUAAAAGAAGAAAAAAAAUUUUAUAUAGAAAUCUUAUCUUUUAUACAAAAUAUGGGACCUAUUUUAGAUUUUUGUUUAAUUGAAAAUGCAAAUAACGAAAAAGAAAUAGUAACUUGUAAUAGUUAUGGAAGGACAGGUUGUAUAUCUAUUAUACGGAACGGAUUAAAAACAAACAUAAUUUCCAAAUUAAAUUUUGAUAAAAUUACAGAUAUAUUUUCAGUUAAAUAUAUUAUAUGUUUAAAAAAAAGUGAUUCAAAUGUUGAAGAUAAAGAAAAUCAUAUGAACAAACAAGAUAAAUCAUCGAAAUCAAAAGAACCAUUUCAAUUUAAAGUAUUUGCAUCAUUAAAUAAUAAAAAAAAUGUUGAGAUUAAAGAUAUUGAUUUAUCUUUUUUAAAUAAAUAUUUUUUUGAAAAUGAAAAUGAUAUAAAUGUUUUAAAAUAUUCAAAUUUUAUUUAUUUUCAUAUUUUUAUGAUUUGUCUAUCAUAUGGUUUUCACACAAAAAUUAUUGGCGUAUGUAUUGAUAGAGAGCGUGAAAAAGAUUCAAAGAUGACCAAUAGAAACGAAUGCAGUUUUAAUAAAUUUUAUCCAGAUUUUGAAGAAGAAAAUUAUAAAAAAGAAAUUCAAAAUGAUAUAUUAUUAUGUGAAUAUGAAAAUACCGAUAUAGAAUUAAAUGUAAAUACAAUUUUUUUCAACAUAAUGAAUAAUUAUCCAUAUAUAAUUCAAGCAACUAAUGAAUGUAUAAAUUUAUUUUGUUGUUUAUCAAUGAAAUUGAUUUAUAAAUUAAAAUUAAAUUUUAUUUGUAAAUUUUUUUUGUAUAAAGAUUAUUUUUAUAUAUAUUGUGAUAAUAGUAUAAAAAUAUAUACAAUUUAUGAAAAGAGUCUUAUUUUUUUAUAUCAAUAUAAAUUUGAUAAUCCAGUUACCUCUCUUCAUAUAUAUAAAGGAAAUAUAUUAUCAUGUGUUUUUAGUAAUAAAAAAGUUGUUUUAUUUAAUAUAUGUAACAAAGAUUUGAUUGAAAUAAAAAAUAAAAUAUUAAAAAAUGUGGAAAUUUCCCAAGCAGAAAAUGUACAAACAAUUAAAAAAAUCAAAACCAUUUUUACACCAGUAUGUCAUUAUAUUCCUGAUCAAAAUUUUUUUAUAUUUAUCUCAGAUAUUCAAAUAGUUGAAUUUAAUGAUAACUUAUAUUUAUUUAUUGGAUAUAAUAAUGGUUAUUUAGAAUAUUUUUUAUUAAGAGCACAUUAUCAAGUUCGAAAUAUUAAAAAAAUAAAAACAGAAAGAAAAAAAAAAAUAAGGAAAAUUAGACAAUCAAAUGAUACUUUUAAAAAUUAUUUAAUUCAAAAUAAAAAAAAAAAUUAUGAAAAAUUGAUAAUAAAUUCUGACUGUUCAGGUAAUAAUCUUAGUAAAAGUAGUAUAUCUGAAGUAACAAGCCAAAUUGAUAAAGAAAUAAAUUUAGAAACUGAUAAAAUAGAAGAAAAUGAUAAUGAAUGUGAUGAAAAUAAAAGUAGUGAAAGUAGUUUGAGAAAUAAUAAUUCAAGUUCAAUGAAAAGAUACUUCAAAAUAAAUAAAAAAUAUCAAGGAGAUAAAAAAAAAUAUUUAAAUAUUUUAAAAAUACAUAAAGAAUUUUUAAAAAAAAAAAAAGCAUCAUUAAAAAAUAUAUAUAAAAAAAGUGAAGAUUUAAAUUGUGGUAUGAAUUAUAAAAUGAAUAAGAAUCGAAAUAAAAUAAUUAAUGAUAUUGAAAAAGAAAAAAAAUUAAAAAAAUCAAAAAUAAAAAUGUUAAAAUAUUUAUCAGAAAAUUAUAUAAAUAUAUUUAAUUACUUUAAUUUUUCAAAAGAACAAUUUAAAAAUAUAUAUGAUCUACAUAAAUUAUGUGCACAAAAUACUGAUCAAAUCAAAAUAGAAUCGAAACUAUUUUACAAUAAGGAUGUUAGUUCUGAGAAUUUUAUUAACAUUGAUGAUUUUUUUAAAAUUAAAUGUGCCAAUAUCAAUUUAAAUGGCGAUAAAAAUGGUGAUAAAAAUUGCGAUAAAAAUGGCGAUAAAGAUGUAGACAGCAUCAAAGAUCCAGUGUGUAAUGAUUACAGCAACUGUUAUAGUAUGAACAAUCAUAAUUGUAAAAACCUAAAUGAGUCUCCAAAAUAUGAUAUGAAAAAUAUUCAUGAUGAUAUAAUAAGUGAGGAUAGUUCAGGAACAAUGAUAAAAAAAACAAAGAAUUAUAAUUUUUUUUCUAAUACAAAUUUAUGGAAUAAAGAAAGAAACAAUAUUAGUGAUAAAGAUUUAUCAUCAGAUUAUAAAAAUCGUAAAAUAUCAAAAAGAAAUAAAAUAAAAGAAGAUUCUAAUUGGAGUAGUAGCGAAGAUACUGUAAAUGAUAAUGAUAGAGAAAGGAAUGAAAAAAAAUCAAAUCAUAUUAUUCUAAAUAAAAGACGAAUGAAUUAUUUUUUCAAUUUUGUUCAAGUUUAUGGAUUAGAAUCAGAUGAUUCUACCAAAAAUUUUUGCACUUUUAAAAGGAAAAAAUUAAAAAAAAAAGAAAAUUGUGAAAAAAAAAAAAAAAAAAAAAAAAAAUCAAAAAAUAGUCAAAAUAGUCAAAAUAAUCUAAAUAAUCAAAAUAAUCAAAAUAAUCAAAAUUUUAAUAAAACAAUUGAUAGUGACACAUAUGGAGAAAAAUAUUUAGACAUCGAAAAUGAAAUCAUAUAUUAUUCCUCUUUUAGUUUUUCAUCAAGUGAAAAUGAAAAAAAUAAUAAAAAAAAAAAACAUCCUUUUCACAUUUUAAACAAAUCAAGAAUGAGACAUAAUAAUGAUAACGAAAGUUGUACUGAAUUGGAAAGCAUAUCAUCAUUCGUAUGUACUAAUAAAAAAAGCGAAACAGAAAAUGAAAUUUUAAAACAUGCAAUAAAUAUGUUAAGUUACAAUAAGAAAUGUCAAAAUGGUAAUAAUAAUGAUGGUAAUAAUAAUGAUGGUAAUAAUAAUGAUGGUAGUAAUAAUGAUAGUAGUAAUAAACGGAAAAGAGAAAUUUCAGUAAACAAUUUAGACAAUGAAAAAAAUAAUAUUUACAAGUUUAGUGACACAUACAUAAAAUCUGAGACAUUCCCUAAAAAAGCUAAUAAAAUAAGUUUAGGGGUAGAAAUUAUUGAAAAGGUAUUAGCUCUAUGUUUAGAAAAAAAUGAAGCAAAUACGAAAGAAGAUACAAAAUAUAAAUCAAAUAAAAGAUUGAGCAAUACAUUAAAAAAUGAUAUUUUUUAUAAUAAUGAUAUAAAAUGGGAAAAUAAAAAGGAUGGAGAAGAUAUUGCAGAGAGAUUUAUUUCAAGUGAAAGUUCAUUAUCUUGUUUGCAAAAUUUAAAUAACAUUUUUUUUGAUAAAAAAGUGUAUUUAAAAAAAUAUAUUAUUAAUAGUGAUAAUGUGUUACUAACAAAUAGAAGAAAAAUAAAUGUGUGUAGAUCUCCAAUAAAAUUUAAACAAUUUAAUAAAGUUUGUUCAGAAAAAAAUAAAAUUGAUAUAAAUAAUAAUAAUAAUAAUACAUGUGUAAAAAAAUCAAAUUUUUUAUUUAUUUGUUCUGAUAAUCCUAUAAUAAUUUAUUCUGAUAUUAAAAAAAAAAUAUCCUUAUCAAAAGUUUCUAUAAAAAAUAUAUUUUUAGUAGAUAUAUUUAAUGAUUUUGAUUAUUUAAACCCAUUUCAUAAUUUUAAUAGUUUUAAAAAAAAAAAUCAAAAUAAUUUAUAUUUUAUUUUUUUUGAUGGAUUAUCUUUAUAUAUAUCACAUCUAAAUGAAAUUAAUGAAACAUAUAUUCAAAAAAUACCAUUUUAUAGAACUGUUGAAAAAAUUGCUUAUCAUAACGAAAGUGGUUUAUUAAUAACAUCAUGUCCUACUGAAGAAAAACAUAAAACAAAUAAAAAUUUAAAACAAAUUAUAUGUUUUUUUAAUCCUCAUCAAAAUUCAUUUAAAUAUUCUUAUAUUAUUCCUUCAAAAUAUAAUGUCUCAAGUAUAUGUAUAUAUCAAAUAAAUAAAGAUAUAUAUCCAAAUAAGAGUAAUAUCAAUACAUUAAUAUGUGUAGGUACAGCUAAUAUUAAUGAUAGAGUUUCAGAACCAUCUUCUGGUCAUAUCUAUAUUUUUUUUGCAAAAAAAAAAGCUAACUUAUUUGAAAUUAAACAUAUAUAUACACAUAAUAUUAACGUUGGUGGAAUUACACACCUCAAACAAUUUUAUGAUAAGUUAAUUUCGACAAUUAAUAAUACGGUGGUUAUAUUAGAUAUUAGCGAUUUCCUCAUUAAUUUGGAUAAAUAUGUGGAUAACACUAACAAGCCAAUUAAACUGGAAAAUGAUGGAACGAUUGUAGAUGUAGCAUCCUUUACACCCAGUUCCUGGAUCAUGAGUCUUGAUGUGAUAGAAAAUUAUAUUGUGGUUGGAGACAUAAUGACAUCUGUAACUAUACUGUCCUAUGAUUUUAAUAAUUCAACUCUAACUGAAGUUUGUAGAGAUUAUUCCAACGUAUGGUGCACAUUCGUUUGCGCAUUGUCAAAAAGUCACUUUUUAGUCUCGGACAUGGAAUCCAAUUUUCUUGUGUUUCAAAAGUCAAGCAUAAGAUAUAACGAUGAAGAUUCAUUUAAAUUAUCGAGAGUAGCACUAUUCAACCAUGGGCAUGUUGUCAAUAAGAUGCUUCCCGUCUCAUUAUCCAGUCUAAUAGAAGAAGAAGAAGCACAAAAUGAAAUUUUGAGAAAAAAGGAAAGUAUUUUGUGUGCAUCAAGUGAAGGGUCAAUUAGUUCGAUAAUACCAUUUUCAAAUUUAACAAAUUUUAAAAAAGCUUUAUGCAUUGAAAUAGCAUUAAAUGAUAGUUUAUCAUUUAUUGGAAAUAUAAAUAACAAUUCUAAUAAUACAUAUAAGAUGAAUUUGUCUGAAAAAUCAUCUAAAGGGGUUGUAGAUGGGGAAGUAUUUAAAAUGUUUUUUUCUAUGCCUUUUGAAAAGCAAUUUAAAACAUAUAUUUAUGCAAAAUGGAUUGCAAAAAAAUUAAAUUGUAAAUUUGGAACCUUUGAAAAUUUUAUGUUAGACAUUGAAAAUUUGUGUAGUUUUUUAUGA